UAAAAUACAAUAGCUAAAAGGAAGACGUCUGGAAAGCAUAGCGUCAAAGCUAAGCAGACACUUUCCUCUCGAGUCUUCAGGUCUCCUCGCGCGCACCGGAUCACGCAGCUGCCGGCAUCAGAUUAAUAGGGACUCGAGCUUCAAUCAAUAUAUAGCAAGUCCCAAGUCAACGGCCACGAGCCAUGGCGAUAGCGGCAGUCGGAGGUAUGCUCGCCUCUGCCGUCAUCAAGCUGGUGAUUAAACAGAUCGGUUCCGCCAUGGGAAGCGAGAUCAAGUUGCACUGGAACAUGAAGAAGGAUCUCGAGAAGAUGAAGAUGACGCUGGAGUCGGUAGAGGCUGUGCUCAGCGACGCUGAGACGCGGUCUGUCACGGAUAACUCGGCGCUUCUUUGGCUGAAGCGGCUCAAGGACGCCAUGUACGACAUCUCUGACAUGCUUGAUGACCUCGAAGCUGACACCGACCUGUGGGCAGCUACGAUGAAUAAGAUUAAGAUGCCACGUAAGAUGAAGAAGAUGCAAAAGCGCCUACAAAAGAUAGCAGAUGACCGUAACAAUUAUCGUGUUCUACCAGAAACUCGCAGCGAGGAGAAGCAGGUCCCUGAUAUCCGGGAGACAGCAGGGAAUGUGGAGGAAGCAGAAAUCAUUGGAAGGACUAAAGAAAAACUGGAAAUCUUGGCUCGUAUAUCUGGGAGCACCACUCAAGGGACCACCAUCCUUCCCAUAUGUGGCAUUGGAGGCAUUGGAAAAACCACCUUGGCAAGAUUAGUUUUCAAUGAUUCCGAGUUCAAACAAUACUCUCAGGUGUGGGUUUAUGUGUCCCAGAAAUUUGAACUGAAAAAGAUUGGCAACAUUAUAAUAUCACAACUUUCACCGGAGAGCCCGAUACCUGAUGAUUUGCAUAGUAUUCAUACUCGUCUCCGAGAGCUGUUUACUGGUAAGAGGAUCCUAAUCAUUUUGGAUGACCUGUGGGAGAGGGAUCCUACUCGGCUACAAGAAUUGAAGGCUCUGCUGAAGCAGGGUGAGGCGAGCAAGGUGCUGGUUGUGGUUACCACACGCGAAAAACGCAUUGCAAAAGAAAUUGCCACUGUUGAUCCAUUCGAAUUACCUCCGUUGUCAGAUCAAAUGUGCUGGGAUAUAUUAAAAGUGAAAAGUAAGUUUGAAACAAGGCAAGACAAAGAGCACUUGGAGCCUAUUGGGAAGGAAAUUGCAAAGAAGUGUGGAGGUGUGGCUUUAGCUGCUCAAUCACUUGGACACAUGUUGAAAUCCAAGACAUAUGAUGUAUGGGAUGCCAUCAGAUCCAACCAUAUCUGGAAUCUAUCUCCGUCUGAAGAAACAUCGUCAACACAUGAAGUGCUUGCAUCCUUGCUGUUAAGCUACAACUUCAUGCCUCCACACUUGAAGUUAUGCUUUGCUUAUUGCGCAAUCUUUCCAAAAGGACAUCACAUGAUUAGUGAUGAUCUAAUUCAUCAAUGGAUUGCUCUUGGAUUCAUGGAGUCAUCUAGUACAUUCUCUACCUGGCAGAUCGGUGAGAGUUUUAUUAGGGAGCUUCUGGAGAUGUCAUUUCUUCAACAUUCAAAGAACGCCCGCUCUUUGGAAAAAAGACAAGAUGCUACACGGUUCAUUAUGCAUGACCUGGUGCAUGACCUCGCAAGAUCGGUCAUGGCUGACGAAUAUAACUUGGAGGGCCCCAACUGCCGCUAUGCAUGGUUGACAGAUUGUAGUAGGAAGCCAUUGCAGUCAUCCACAAAUUCACUUGCAAAGAUAAGGUCACUGCAUUUUGCAGACAAACUUUCGAACAGUGAUGCAUUUUCACCAGCUAAGCACGUCCGUGUCUUAGAUUUCUGGACAAAUGAUAUGCAUGAUUUGACAGAUUCUAUUGGUCAACUGAAGCAGUUGAGGUAUCUUAGCUUCUCAUGUUGGGAUGCUCGAAUUAAUCCCAGGGGUAUCGGUAUGCUAUCGAAGUUGAAUUAUCUUAGAAUCUCUUCUUGGGAUCUCAGAGUAUUGCCCGAGUCGAUUGGUGAAAUGAAAGGUCUGAUGCAUCUUGACUUAUCAGGUUGUAGCAACUUAAAAGAACUCCCAUUGUCAUUCGGAAAAAUUAGAGAGUUGGUACAUCUGGAUUUGUCAGGCUGCUGUGAUGUUUUAGGAAUACCCAAAGCUUUGCGUGGCCUAACCAAACUCCAACAUUUGGAUUUAUCAAAAUGUAAAUAUAUCAGAGGGCUGCCUGAUGCCAUCGUCAAUCUCACUGAACUCCGAUAUUUAAGGCUAUCAAAUUGCUUGCAAUAUAUCUUUGACAACUCAAGGGAUCAUACUGGGAGUUUCGUUGACCGUAUAUGCACCCUUCCCAAUAUGAAUCAUCUGGAUUUGUCUCAGAAUCGGUAUCCUCUUAUAAUACCAGAUAGUGCAAGCCUCUUGACCAAGCUAGUGCUCAAUGAGUGCUACCAAAUUAUUAGUCUUCCAGAGUGUGUAGAUAACAUUAACUACUCAAGAGCCAGGGCUCAGUACUUUUCUGUGUAUGCAGGUAACACUAGCAGUAACAUCUAUUUGCUUGAGCAUGUAAGUCCUGCUGAGUUGAACAUCUGGCAGCUUGAAAAUGUGAAGUCCCGAGAAGAGGCGCACAGUAUACAUCUGAGUGAGAAACAGACCAUCCUAGAAUUGACGUUAUCGUGGACCAACGGUGCAAAUAGAUCUAUGGAUGACAUGGAGUUGUUGACGGAGCUAGUGCCACCAACCACUUUGAAGACAUUUCGAAUAGACGGUUACAGUGGUGUUGGCUUUCCAGACUGGCUAAUGAGUAUUAGCAAUCAUCUCCCUAAUCUUGUCAAGAUGACGAUGCAGUAUAUGCGAAACUGCAAGAGUCUACCGCCCCUUGGCCAACUACCAAACCUCCGAGAGAUUAGGCUCACCAGUAUGGAAAGCCUGGAAGAAUGGGACACUUCAUACUUGAGUGUGAAUGAGCUUGAAAAAGUGUACAUAUAUGAUUGCCCCAAGUUGAGGAUAAGACCACACCUUCCUAGAGCAGCAUCUUGGUCUAUAAGGAAAAGCGAUAAUGUGCUCCUACCACAGCGGGAGAGGGUGUCACAUAUUGAUUGCCUGAUAGCUGGAGACAGCAACAUGCCUCUUUAUCAAUGGGGUUUUCUUUACCGCCUACUCUUCCUCAGGCAGUUAAUACUCAUGGGUUGCACUAAUUUGAUGAUCUCACCGGAGAUAUCUGGGGCCCUCCACUCCCUUCAGGAACUGACAAUAUGGGACCACAAGAGCCUGGAGAAAUUGCCCAAUAACAUGAGGCAACUCACAAAGCUAGAAUCAUUAACACUGUCUAAUUGUCCUAGCUUCAGACAACUGCCACAAUGGCUAGGAGAACUGCUGUCGCUCAAGGAACUGAAAAUAACAUCCUGCAAUGCCAUCAUGACUCUACCAGAGAGCAUACACGAGCUCACAAACCUCCAAGAACUGAAAAUAUUCUUCUGCAGCCCUGAAUUAAAGAAGUGGUGUAACGCAGUGGAGAACCAUAGGAAGCUUGAGAAUAUCAAAUUGAACUGGAGGGACUAGCUAAUGAUGGGGACAGGUUGCGGUUGUUGUUCCCUCAUCUGACCCUUGCUGCGAACGGAGAGAAAGGCGCCCAUGCGGGAGAGAAGAAAGUUACGGUGCGAAGACCGAACAUUCAUAUUGAAUAAAUACCAGGCAGGGAGCUCCAACGACCAAG